UGUGGAAAAUAACACACUUGGGUGCUUUAUUUAUUGUAUUUUAUAAAUCUGCAAUCGUCUCAAGAAUGUUUUCGUCUACGUGGAAUUUCCUGAAACGCCACAAAAGGAAAUUUAUUUUCGCUGGUGCUUUUGUCGGAGGUAAGCUAUCAAGCUAACGUUAACGUAACCUAGUUAGCCAUCUGCUAGCCAGGAAUGUUUACCUGUGUGGGUCUAGAUUUGAGCAGAGGUAUUUUAUGUCAACUAUGACGAUGAUGCAUUUAUGAAGUUACGUUAUAUCUAAAUGGCUAGAAAAUGUAAUUACAUGAAAGAUAAUCAUAAUAAAUCGAACUAGCUGAUGACCGUAACGUUAGCUAAUGUUGCUGCAUUCAUUCUAGCUAGCUACAUUCUGCCUGCCUGUUCCAGGUGUGUACUUUCUUGGUAAAUAUGCCCAAAAGAAAAUGCAAGAUAUACAGGAGCGUGAGGCAUCAGAGUAUAUCGCUCAAGCCCGACAUCAGUUACACUUCGAGAGUAACCAGAGAACGUGCAACAUGACAGGUAGGCUACAGUACUGUCAUGCUGUCUUGACUGAUACGGACCUCACCUUUAGCCUAUUAACAGUAACAGUCUCUGAAAUCUCCUGCCACGCUCAUUAUGUCAAAUGAUUGAGAUACUGCUGUGUUGAUGAUUCAUAUUCAUAUUUGUGCAGUUUGAAACGCUGUUGAUGCUUGUUUUUUGUUUUUAUUUACAGUGUUGUCAAUGCUCCCUACAUUAAGAGAAGCCAUUUUACAUCAUCUAAACUCAGAGAGCCUCACUACACUGCUGAAGAGCAAGUAAGUGAUCAUGACCACUUGCAUCAUAGCUCAGCAAAAUUAUUAGUUUGAAGUAUUAUUGACAUCUCCUGUUUCUCUUCUAGACCAGUAAAUAAACUUGAAAUAUGGGAGGACCUGAAGAUUAUCAGUAAGUUAUUAUUCCUAAACAGCAAUUACUUUGUGAAUCAAUAACUACAGUGAUUUAAUUUCUUGAUGUACUGCUAGCUGUCAUAUGGCAAUCACUCCUCUUUUUCCCAUACCCCCAGGUUUCACCCGAAGUGUCGUGGCUGUGUACAGUACCUGUAUGUUGGUUGUUUUUCUCCGUGUUCAGCUCAAUAUCAUUGGUGGCUACUUAUACAUGGACAAUUCUGUCAGCAAGAAUGGAAUGGUAAUGCUUUAAUCUCUUGUACCCUAUGGGGCAGUUUCAAUUCCUAGACACAUAUUAAGCCUAGUCCUGGACUAGAAAGCAAACUCAAUGGAGAGGCUCUAUAUUUUAUUUAUUUACCUUUAUUUAACCAGGUAAGCCAGUUGAGAACGAGUUCUCAUUUACAACUGCGACCUGGCCAAGAUAAAGCAAGGCAAAUGCUUUUUCUUUCAUGAAUUAGCUUAAUCUGUGUCCAGAAAACCGCCCAUAAAUGUUGAAUGUGAGGUGGUCUAUGCAUGCCAUUUCUGUGUUUUGUGCUCCACCAGAUGCCAUUGGCCCCUCCAGACGUUCAACAACAGUACCUCUCCAGCAUCCAUCACCUCCUUGGGGAUGGUAAGAGACAUUCAUGUCUUUCUGAAAUAGCUAGGCCUGUAGUAUAACAAGUCUUCUCAGAUAUGCUAUGUUGACUAGCCUACAUUAGUUCCAUAUGAUGUAAAACGUCCUUACAUUUGAUGCAUUCUCUCUCACUCCCAAGGGUUGAGUGAGAUGAUAACAGCGGUGAAGAAAGCUGUGCAGAACACAUUAGGCGGGUGAGUCAGACAGUGCCAACCACAUGCACACAAUGCACCUCAAACCACAUUAGGAGGAGGAUUGUUAAGUCAUAUAUGAUGCUUUUGCCUGACUGCCAGUGACCGUGUCUCUGUGUCGGUCAAAUCAAAUUGUAUGUAUUUUUAUUAUCCCCCCCCCCCCCCCCCCCCAAGGGUGUCCCUGAAGCAGAGUCUGUCCCUGCAGGAGCUGGAGCAGCACCUGAAUCAGAUCAGAGCCCAGGUGGAGGAGGGGGAACGGGGCUCCACACACAGAUGUCUCUCCUGGUACAUGAUGCCUGAUGAGGAGAAUACUCUGGCUACACAGGUAUCAGCCCUCACCUGCCACUGCCCCUGGGACUACUCACAGCUCCACUAUGGGGAUCUGUUAAUCUGAUCAUUACUGGAUUGUCAACCAUGGUCAGAGUAAUGGUCAUGAACUGAUGCACAUUAUACGACUUGAUGUAUUUUCUUCUUGUUUAUUUGGGCUUACACUGGGGUCUACAACAGGCCUGUCGUCUGACGGAGAAUGAUAUCACUACGAUAAAGCUGCUCAAUGAGACAAGAGACAUGCUUGAAAGGUAAGACGGGCCUAAAACGUAUUGAGCCUUAUUUCGAGAGGCUUAUUUUGUGUGUGUGUGUUGAACUGUGUCCUCUCUGUCCUCUAGCCCGGACUUCGGCACUGUACUCAGCACUUGCCUGAACAGGGGCUUCAACCGUGUCCUUGACAACAUGGCAGAGUUCUUCCGGCCCCCACCGGGACCACAGGAAGACUCCACCCCCAGCACUACACCUGAUGGGUCAGUUUUUUUGUGGAUGAAUUUAAUUGGCAGCAAUUGAUAAAAGGUCAUCUUAUCGUAAUAAAUCACUUUCUGAAUGCCAGAUUUUAUUUUAUUUAUUUAUUUAACCAGGUAAGCCAGUUGAGAACAAGUUCUCAUUUACAACUGCAACCUGGCCAAGAUAAAGCAAAGCAGUGCAAUAAAAACAACAACAACACAGAGUUACAUAUGGAAUAAACAAAACGUACAGUCAAUAACACAAUAGAAAAUCUAUAUACAGUGUGUGCAAAUGUAGUAAGUUAUGGAGGUAAGGCAAUAAAUAGGCCAUAGUGCAAAAUAAUAGAUGUGCAGAAGAUGAUGUGCAAAUAGAGAUACUGGGGUCCAAAUGAGCAAAAUAAAUAACAAUACGGGGAUGAGGUAGUUGGGUGGGCUAAUUACAGAUGGGCUGUGUACAGGUGCAGUGAUCGGUAAGCUGCUCUGACAACUGAAACACAACCUUUUUGUAGGAAAUAAAUCUGCCUAUCAAUUCAUGUCCUCCAAAAUCUCUUCCAGACUCUUGCAUGUAACUCUACCAGUUGCCAAAAUCAUACCCAUUGUGAAUGGACAGAUCCACUCAAUCUGCAGUGAAAUACCAAGUCAAUUUGUACAGGUAAAAGCUAAUUUGACUUGUGGAAGCAUUUCCUUCAUUUUUCAAUCCCAGCAAGUUUCAAGAGGUCUUGACUCUAAGACUUUGACACCUUCCCUCUUUCCAGGAUCUCCUGAUGAUAGACCAAGUGAAGGAGUUUUCUGCCAAUGUGUAUGAGACAUUCAGCACCUCCCAUGAACUGCAGAAAUAAGGGAGUGGACAUAUUACUUGUAGACCUGGACCUCUCGGCCUUCUCUGUAUCUCUGCAUGACGCUGUGGACAUCACGGAUGGAGGAAGAAAUGCACUCAUUCUCUGUACCAAGUCAGAAAACUCAAGAGGAUUGGGUACUUGGAAAGUUACUGUUCCCUGUCCUUGGUGAGAGAACUGUGUUCCAUUGUGGAAUGAAGGGUUGUGAACGGCCUACUCUUAUCUGGAGACUUCAAGGUAAAAAACCCACUGCAUCUUAGGAACCUGAGUUUUUGUCCUACCUUUACUGAUCUGUUCCCCCAAGGCAUAAAAAGUCUUAGAAAUUCAGCCAGACAGCCCUCCCUGAAUCAAGUCACUUUCCUGUGUCAUUAUGAAAAAUGAAGACAAGCCUUAUCCCACUUUAUAUAGCUGUUGUUUUGAUACAUUAAAGCUGAAAUCCGCCAAAGGAGCCACUGACCGCCCCAGGAGCAUUUGUUGUUUUUAUUUUGAGGAAAUUAGCAUCCAGCAUUGUGGUAUAAAAAAAAAAAUCGUAGUACAUACUCUGCUGUUCUAUCAUGCGUGCAAUGAUGUCUGAGGGAUAUUUUUAUUUUGUUGUUUGAAGUAAUGUCUUUGUUGUAAUAUGUGUUGUUCCACCAAUUAGGUGCCUUUUUGAGUAGUGUAACGUUGUGAGAAAAACCUUUGAGGAAAACCCCCCCCAGUUUUACAUGAUUUCACCUAAUUUUAACAAUCUGUCAUAAAGCGCACACAUUCAACUUAAACAAUUUUACCAUCUCAACAGGUAAAGAUAAAAACCAUAGUAAGUGCCUAAUUAAGUGGCAAAUAAAGUAACAUGGUUGACUAUAACAGGAUUGAAGACUUCAUCUUAAAUCAGCCAUAAAUCCCCUUGUGAUUGGGGAAUGGAAGCUUAUGUGCAGCAGGAAAGGGCAAUUGAAUUCAAGCUUAAAACAUUUUUAGCCUGUCUAUCUAUGGGUAACAGGGUUGACGUGUUAUGCUCAACUCUCUGUUUUCCACUACAAAACACUAGAAAAUUGCCAAAAAGAGUAUAACCAGUUCACCUGCUUUCACACUAUGAUUUGACCUUAAAAUUAGGGACAGGCUUAUUUAUAUUUUUUUUAACCUUGAAUCACAAAUAACAUGAAAUUCAAUAUAUCAGCAUUUUGACAUGACCAUCAUUGUCUCACGUCAGAUCAGUACAGAUUGCUGUCGCACUGUCCUGAGACAGAGGGACAUGUCAAAAUGCUGAAUUUUGGCACGCCUAUUUAGAUACAUCUGAUUUAUGGAAUUCUCUAUGUGGUCUAUAUUUAAGGGCACUUAUUUUAAUAUAACAGGCUUUUAAAAUGCAGUAUUUGUGCACAAUUUCUACUUAAAAUAUAAAUCGGCACUCAUCCUUUGACCAAUAUCGCAAAUGGACUCGGCACUUUCACUGCUAUGGAUUGCAGCUUUAAGCAUAACAAAGUGAACCCACUGUCAGUUUGAGUUUAAACGGUUGUCUUAUAGUUUUUCCUUUCUAUUACUGUUGUUGAGGACUCAAUCUACACUGAGUGUACAAAACAUUAGGAACGCCUGCUCUUUCCAUAAGACUGACCAGGUGAAUCCAGGUGAAAGCUAUGAUCCCAUAUUGAUGUCACUUGUUAAAUCCACUUCAAUCAGUGGAGAUGAAUGGCAGGAGGAGACAGGUUAAAGAAGGAUUUUUAAGAUAUCCAGUGCUGUGCCAUCUAGGCUGCAAGUCCUCAUUCAACCUCUAGGUCUACUUUCUGUUCAACAAUGUUCAGUACUUCACUGCACUAUUGACUUUAUCUUCUACUUUGUCUCUUUCUUUGCAAUGUCAUCAAGGUUUUUUCUUAAAUCAUGGAAAUUGGAAAUGUUCUCAUACUGUAUUUCUGGUAGGGAGUGGGUCUUAAAGUUAACCUUGAGGUAUCAUUGACCUUGUUUGUUUGGGUACUGGAAGUGAGAAUGUAGGCCUGUCUAUUACGUCUUUUGUAACAUGACAUUCUGAAUGACAACAGAAAAUGUAAGUACUGUAGCAUUGACAUUGAAAAUAAUAAAAUAACAUGAUUUAAUAUAUUCAGUAUUACUUUG